GUCGUUUGGGCGCUCCACCCGCGCUCUCACGUACGCAUGGAUCGCGGCCGCGCGCUUCAUAUACCGAACGGUUUCCGUAUAACUCAAUAAUUUGCAAGUCACCAGCCUUGCAAUUUUCAACCAGUCGGACUGGCUUCACGUGUCCGAAAUUUUGCAACACUGUGCCGACACAUAGAAGGUUAACGUCGUUAACGUAUACUCGUAUAAACACCGCCGGUUGUGAAACUUUGCAAAGUUUUUGCUUCGGACGUUCUAAAAUUGCAUUCCUAAGGCUUUAGUCAAGUAUGGUUGCAAUUGUGACGUGAUCGUUGAAAAAUCUCGAUUCUUGUGUUUGGGAGUGCUUUGUGGUUUGAGGCUAUGUUAUCGAUGGAUUCGUUGUGGUGCGGGUCGGAGGGCGAGCUGUCGACAUUGCGAAUGUGCAAGGGAUCCGACCGCGCGGAGUACCGGCUGAGUCGACGCAAGCCUUCUAAGAGCUUGAUUCCGCCUGCACUGCUGCACACACAGCCUGAACAAUCUCAACCACGAUCACACCGCAGGAGACGGUCCGGCACUUGGCCAAGGACCAGAUCCCUCAAUGCCCCAAGCCCCAUACAACAAUUCGGACCAUGCGGCAGAAUAAUGAAGAACUCCGCCAUGGUUAUGCAAAUCCAGGAUCCGGCGUCUCAGCGGCUGACCUGGUACAAACCUCCACUGACGGUGCUGGUUAUAAAGAAGGUGCACGAUGCCACUAUACUUGCACCCUUCGUACAGCUCGUCCAUUGGCUCGUUCAUGAGAAAAGCAUGGUAGUGUUCGUAGAGGCUGCAGUACUAGACGACGUUCAUUUGAAGGAAUAUGGCGACUUCUCCUCAGUGAGAGAGCGUCUGAUGACGUUUCGCGCGGGUACAGACGAACUCACGGACAAGAUCGACUUCAUUAUAUGUUUGGGAGGAGAUGGAACGUUGCUACAUGCCAGCUCGCUCUUCCAGCAAUCAGUUCCUCCGGUGAUGGCAUUCCAUUUGGGCUCGCUAGGGUUUCUCACACCAUUCGAGUUCAACAACUUCCAGGAUCAAGUCAUGAACGUAUUAGAAGGUCACGCAGCAUUAACGUUAAGGUCUCGGUUACAAUGUGUAGUGUUAAGGAAGAGUAUAGACGAAAACAAUGACAAAAAGAAGCCCACCACGAUCCUAGUUCUAAACGAAGUAGUUGUAGAUCGAGGACCAUCGCCGUAUCUAUCCAAUAUUGAUUUGUUCCUUGAUGGAAAACAUAUUACAUCUGUACAGGGCGACGGCUUAAUAGUGUCCACUCCCACGGGUAGCACGGCGUAUGCAGUAGCUGCCGGCGCCAGCAUGAUUCACCCAUCAGUGCCAGCUAUCAUGGUCACACCAAUCUGCCCCCACUCAUUGUCCUUCAGACCCAUCGUUGUACCUGCCGGCGUUGAGCUCAAAAUAAUACCUAGCCUAGAGGCGCGUAACGUUGCCAGCAUCUCCUUCGAUGGCCGCUCUCAGAUGAUACUCAAGCCAGGCGAUAGUCUAUACGUGACGACGUCAGUCUACCCAGUGCCUUCAAUAUGCGCGCAAGACCAAAUCUCAGAUUGGUUCGAUUCCCUUGCCGAAUGUCUUCAUUGGAACGUGCGAAAGAAGCAAAAACAAAUUGACGAACUGAGUGAUUUAACUCACUCAUCCUCAGAUACUCUAGAAGAAUUGGACGCCAACCAUCAUGACACAGAAAGACCGGCAGACACGUGAUCUUAGAAUUUUAAGUAUUUUAUUGUUAACGGUAUUUUUAAGGAGAAGGUAUUGGUCCUUAUAAAGAAUUUUCAGACAUAUUUGUCUAACUUAGGUACAGUUUUAUUGUUAAAACUUGUUAUUGGCAAUGUUUCAAACUCGUGUAUGUGUUGUCUUUUUACCUACAGUCUUUCUCGCAGUCUUUCCUAUAUUUAUCCAAAAUAUUAAAUGCAUACGUAUAAUAAUGUAGUUUCUAUAAUUACUUCAAACCGAAUUCUCUGAAGACGGUUAGUGAGUUUGAGGCAUUGCAGAUGUUAAUUUAUGGUAGUACGUCGCGAUCCUUUUUUCAUACAAAGGUUUUUACAGAUACGUCGCCACUACGAUAUUUAUGUAAAGUGUUAAUAUGCGGCAAUAUAAAAACAAUAUGAUUGAGUCUGAGAAGCGAUUUAUUUACUUAUUUGUGUAUUCAAGGAAAAUCAACAGCUUCAUCAAUCAAAAUAUCCAUAAAAAAAGGAUAAAAACUUACACCCAAAAGUCAUACAAAUCAAACACGAGUACACAAAUUUAGAACAAACCAUAAAACGCGCACACAACAAGCACUCGCAUAAAAAAGCAACCCAAUAUCUGCGUCACUAGAGCCAUAAAUUAUUUAAUAAAAUAAAAUAAAAUGUCUGUAAGUUUACGCUUUAAUGCACUCGCAUUACAAUUGGAUAUGUCAACAUCCAGAUUAUAAUUACUCAGCACACUGUCCAAACUUGCUAGUACUACAAAGAAAACUAUUUUGUCUAAUUGAUUUUCGCUAAGAAAAUUGCAACAGGGCAGUAGUGUCUCAUAAAACACAUAGGUAUAUUACCGAAAUAUCACCCAAUAAAUCGGCGCAGUCAAUAUCACCGUUUAUGAUGUUUAGAAUUGUACAAUAAAAAAAACAAUUAAAACAGUUAAAAAAAAUGCUGAUUCUAUAUAAAUAAAUAAAUAAACUCAAACGUAUUACGUGGCACAAUACCGCAAAUUAAACUCUUAUUGCCUAUUUACACCUGGUUGACAGCACGCCUCUGCUUACCCACCAUCAAGCUACCGGGUGUAAACACCGAGUCGUUUGUCGGCUGUUGUUCGCUGCCGAAGUCGACCGAGUCCUUUAGGUGUAAACACUGUCAAGCGACUCGAUCGCUUUCAAGCAAGACAUUCGACCGGAUAGGUUUCAAACGCGGCCGCGUCCCGCCGCGUUGUGCGUGCUUGGGUCGUAGACACGUACUUGAGCAGUAGGGCUAGCACGACUUGCGCUAGAGUGGCAUAGCGCGAGAUACUGCUAUUCUCGCAAUAGCGAUACUCUUCUAAAGCGCUCUCUCGAAAGUCACCCUUUGACGUGCUAGCCCUACAUAUUGUUGAAUGUUUUGAACGAUUUGUUGUGUGCAUAAAGUACGUGCGUGAGGACUGCAAUUGCGUGGCGAUUUCGAAUUGGUGAUAGCAGCGAAGGCGGCAGUCGACUCGGUGUAAACAGCGCGUCGACUCCUCCUUCGACAAGCCGAAGUAAGGUCGCAGUAUACAAAAUUAAAUUACGUCGACGAUCAUAUUUUUCAAGUCCCGUCCCGUUCCCGUCGCGUAUAAUCUGUAACGAUAUUAACAGUAAAUCACGUUACGUAUGCUGCGACCUGGUAGUCUGCCGAAGGUGCAAUCGACCCGGUGUCAGCACACCUUUACACCAAAUUAUUUUUUAACUACAAUAUAUAUAUAUUAUGAAAACAGGAUCGUGAUAUAACACCUUAUAAGAACGUGUACUCAUUUUAGGGUCUCAAACAUUUUUGAUCCCAGCUAGACUGGCAAAAUGUGUUCAAUGCACAGGCACAUGUACUGGCUAGUUAAUUUUUUAAAGAUAUUUUAUAUUAAAUUUUGGCGAAAAAGCUUCAUUACAAUAUAGAAUAAAAUGGAAAAAUCAUUGGAAAUAAAUAAUUUAAUGUUUUUGUGAUACAGUUUAUUUCAAGUUGAUUUUGGACAUUCCCAUGGACAAUAAAAUAUAAUUUCGUUAUGUCUUAGUUGGGUAUGUUUUAUUUACGUUUUAUGAGUAAUUUUGUAAACAUUUCUGUUGUACUUACUGGUUUUAUAUUUAUACGUAUAUUCAAACUGGCAAACAGUCAAACGAUCCAUCUAAUGGAAUUGUAACCUCCGCGCCGCUUGUAGAUAUUUACAAUACAGAGGAGGUAACCAUAACAUAGCAAAUGUAUUACCAGCCAAAUGACAUGAGAUCUUAAGGCUUCUGAGCCUGUAGUUGCACUGGCGUUCUUCGCUCUUGUAUUGAGAACAAGGCAGUACGCACUGCUUUGCGGAAGAAGAAACUGUGGUACCAAGAGUUCCACAGGGACAGAGCACCAGUAAAUAUGAUACAUUACCUCUUGUAACAUAAAAUUAACUGGAUAAACUAUUUAUGUAAACGUAAUAGUAAAUAUUUAUAUAUUUUGUGAAUGUGGUUGAGGUGCUACAUGGAAUACUAUAGUGCCAAUUUAAAGAUAAGAUUUGUGUCUUAAAAAUUUUCACUUGUGUUCAAAGGGAGCACAGAACUAGUUCAAAUAUUUACACUCAGCUUUUGUAUCGUGAAUUUGUAACUCGAUUGACAUUGUAAAAAAAUUGUGAUUUACAGAAAAUAAAUAUUUUUCAAAAGAUCUUAGAACUAUAUAUACGGGCGUGCCACGGGACAAUAUCGCUAUGUAAAUCGAUUGCAGCAAAAUAUUUAUUCUUCAUUGGUGUUAUGUAAAUAACCAAGUUGAUAUAUGUGUACUAGCACUCCUCAAACCGCGGAACGGAAUUAAAGCUAAUUUUGUAACGAAAUUAUAUCAACUAUGUACCGUACAAACUAGAUACUAUACGGUAGCUGCGGGAAUACUCAAGACUGCGCGAGAAAUCAUUGAGAAGACGCGCGACCUGUUGUUCGGCUCGUAUCUAGUUUCUAAGUUAAACAAUUGACAAAACAUUCAUUAUACUAUGGUAACAAAAAUUCGUUUCGAUUCCUUUCGGCGGCAAUGUUAAUUGAACCUAGUAGUCGUCGAACUGAUCAGAGAAUUUAUUUCAGUUUUACACUUUUUAAUUAACCCCGUUCUGGGACCUUACCACGAACUCUUAUUACGAUUCAGUUUAGGAUCUAAAAUGAAGAUUGUGAGACAGCACUGCAUGAAGUGUAUAUCACCAACCUGCUUUUUGUGGUGAACCUAUACUGAACAGUAAUAAGAGUGCAUGGUAAGACCCCGAUGACUUAUUAGUAUCGAUAUCUAUUAAGUCAGUGUCUGCUAUGACUCAUGACACCACCGUUUCAUCUCACGGGUGUCAACGUGCAAGAACAUGAUCCAUUAUCGGUAUAAGCGUGUUGUCUUUUUUCGUGAAAAACUUUACAAUACUC